AUGCCACCGGACGGCGACGCGGCGGGCGGCACGGGCGCGGACAUCGCGGCGGACGAGCUGCAGAGCCUGAGCUUCGGCUCCUCCUCGGACCGCUCGCGCUCCCGCUCCGCCUCCACGGUCUCCACCGCCACGGCGUCCUGCUCCACCUCCUCGUCGGGCCCGCUCCACCACCACCUCUCGCUCCCGCCCCCUCCCUCUCGCCGGACCCCGACCUCCUCCUCCGCCGUAUCCACGACGCAGAUCCCGCGCCUCGGCGCCGUCGCCCUCUCCGACAUCCGCUUCCUGCGUCGCCUCGGCGCCGGCGACAUCGGCAGCGUGUACCUGGCCGAGGUCAGGCCACCCGCCGCCGCCGCCAAGGCGGAGGACAAGGAGAAGGACAAACACCCGCCGCCGCCGCAGCAGACGAAGCCGCUGGUGGUGGCCGCCAAGGUGAUGGACCGGAAGGAGCUGGAGGGCCGCAACAAGGAGGGCCGCGCCCGCACGGAGCGCGAGAUCCUGGAGGCCGUCGACCACCCGUUCCUGCCCCGCCUCUACGGCGUCGCGGAAGGGGACCGCUGGUCCUGCCUCCUCACCGAGUUCUGCCCCGGCGGCGACCUCCACGUCCUCCGCCAGCGCCAACCGCACCGACGCUUCUCCGAGGCCGCCGUCAGUUUAAGGAUCCAGUGGAUGCAGUGCCGGCCCCAUGUGUCUUCGGUUGGGCACGCAUCCGCCUGGUUUCCUCCCUUCCUCUGA